AUGAAUAACUUUUUACCGAAAUGGUUCGACAUUAAUUUGGCUAUUUGGUGGCUCGGUUCAAGCGUAAAUGCAGCAACAACCACCGCCGUAGGACCACUAGCAUCCGCGGAACACUACGGUCUACCUUCCAGUUCCGAUACGUCCAACUCAAUUUUGCUCCUCUUCACGACGUACUAUGAUCUGCGAGUGCUUAACGUAUCCGUACAGCCGGACACAAACACGCUCACCUACACGAUGGAUGUCCUGCUGCAGGAUCUCAACGAAGCAUCGGCGAUGGACUUUUACCACGCCCGUGGACUCGUAUGUUGGACGGAGAACACGCUCGAGGUAAUUCAGUGUGGCCGCACGAACGGUACGCUGAACGUAACGAGCAAGACAACUGUGAUAACGGACGGGUUGGACAAACCCGAAGGGCUUGCGAUCGACUGGUACACGGACAAGCUCUACUGGACGGAUGGGGAGUCGAACCGAAUAGAGGUAGCGCAGCUUGAACCGAUGGGACCGAGUGCUGAUGUUGCCGGUACGGGACGGCAACCGAAUGCACGGCUACAGAAGGUGUUAAUCUGGAGCGAUCUCGAUCAACCGCGUGCGAUCGCACUCAUGCCUGCCCGACGGUACAUGAUUUGGACGGAUUGGGGUGAAAGUCCAAAAAUUGAACGUGCGAGUAUGGAUGGUGACCCGCAGAGUCGUACGGUGCUGGUGAACGAUAGGAUAUUCUGGCCGAAUGGAUUGGCGGUCGAUUUGGUGCAGGAAUUGAUCUACUGGGUUGAUGGUAAUCAGCGCUUUCUAGAUGUGAUGGAUCUGGACGGUGGUAAUCGGCGCACGCUUGUACGAGAUCUUGACUAUCCGUACAGUUUAACGUUCACAUCGAAUUUCCUUUUUUGGACGGACUGGAAGGAUGGGACGUUACACUAUUACGAUAUCCAGCGUAAUCGACGCAAAGAGUUGCUACGCAAGACAGAAGUUCCGAUCACGGUACAUGCUUGGGAUGGACGAUUACAACCAGAGGCAGAGACGGAUUUGGCUAAUCCUUGUCGGCGCAACAAUGGCAAUUGUUCCCAUCUUUGCUUGCUGUCAACUGUAGCACCGGCCGGAUAUAGCUGUGCCUGUCCUACCGGAAUCAAACUGCUCACAGCUACACAGUGCGCCGAUGGUCCACAGGACAUGCUGUUCGUCGUACAGCGUUCGCAAAUCAAUCGGAUAUCACUUGAUUCUCCGGACUAUUCGAUUGUACCGCUACCAGCAGGCAAGUUGCGGUACGCAAUCGCUAUCGAUUACGAUCCGGUAGAGAAUUAUGUGUAUUGGUCAGAUAAGGAGGAAAGUGCUAUCAAGCGGGCCCGUGCCGACGGUAUGGGUGGCCCCGCGGAGGAGGUCGUUACCGCUGAAAUACAGGCACCGGAUGGGCUUGCCAUCGAUUGGCUGGCACGCAAUCUCUACUGGACGGAUACCGGCACGGAUCGAAUUCAGGUAUGCCGUCUCGAUGGAUCCUUUCGGCGUGUGCUCAUCUACGACAAUCUGGUAGAGCCACGGGCAAUCGCACUGGCGCCCACCCUCGGUUGGAUGUUCUGGAGUGAUUGGGGUGCAAAGGAACCGAAAAUUGAGCGUGCUUCACUCGAUGGAACCGAGCGGGUACUGAUCGUGUCACAAAAUUUAAUCUGGCCCAACGGAAUCGCACUGGAUGUGGAGGCACGCAAGAUCUACUGGUGUGAUGCAAAAGCGGACACGAUCGAGGUAGCGAACAUGGACGGGUCGGGACGUAAUACGAUCCUCUCCGACAAUCUGCCGCACGUGUUUGGGCUGAGCCUGCUCGGGGAUUAUCUGUAUUGGACGGAUUGGCAGCGACGAUCGAUUGACCGUGCACAUAAACUGACCGGUGCUGACCGAACGACAAUCGGUGAAAACAUUGCUGAGCUGAUGGGGCUCAAAGUGACGCGUUUGCACGAGGUACAGGGAACGAAUCCGUGCGCCGUUGGGAAUGGUGGCUGUUCGCAACUUUGUUUGAACCGGCCGCGUGAUUACGUUUGCCGCUGCCAGCUUGACUAUGAGUUGGGACGUGACAAUCGGACGUGUCUGGUGCCGGCUGCAUUUCUGCUGUUCUCCAACCAUGGAAGCAUUGGGCGCCUUUCGAUCGAUAGCCAUAACCAUGCGGACUAUGCACCGUUCCGGAAUGUAGUUGAUGCGCAUUACCUUGACGUGGACGUAGCUGAUAGGCGCAUUUACUGGGUGAGCCAGAAGCAGAAGUACAUUUCGCGUGCGUACAUUAACGGUUCGGAUGUGCAGCGGAUUGUGGAGACGGGACUGAUGCAGCCGGAAGGUAUUGCCGUUGAUUGGUUAGCGCACAAUGUGUACUGGACGGAUGCGGAUGCGCGUCGUAUCGAGGUCGCCCGUUUGGAUGGUAGUAGUCGACGGAUUCUCAUCUGGAAGGGAAUUGAAGAGCCAAAAAAUCUUAUCCUGGAACCCCGCAAAGGCUUGAUGUAUUGGACUGAAUGGCCUUCGGAUUCGAUUCGCCGGGCGGCAAUGGAUGGCGGAGAUCUUUUGACGAUCAUUUCCGGUGCUAACCAUGCGAUUGGUUUAACGCUCGAUCCAGAUACUCGGCGAUUGUAUUGGGCCCGCCAGACUUCUCCCACCGGUAUUGAAAGUGCUGACUGGGAUGGUAAACGACGGACACGGUUAGUAAUGGCAGACGCUGCAGACAGCAAUCGGUUCGUCCCGGUGGCACUAACGAUCUAUCAGGAUUGGGUGUACUGGGCCGAUUGGACUACGGACGAGAUUGGACGUGCGAAUAAGACAACCGGUGACAAUCGGACGAUCGUACAUUCGAAUCUGAAGUACACGUACGCACUGCUCGCUUUCCAUGCCGGUCGUCAAUCGGGCUCGAACCAAUGUCGCACCAAUAAUGGUGGCUGCACGCAUCUCUGCUUAGCGCAGGGUCAGCGAAAGAUGACGUGCGCUUGUCCGACGCAUUACACUCUCAAUGCAAACCGAGUGUCCUGCAGUCCACCCCGUAACUACAUCAUCUUUAGUCAACGGAAUUCGUUUGGCCGGUUUGUACCGAAUACUGCCGACUCGCCGGACAUCCCACUGCCGGUAACGGGCAAAAACAUACGUGCCGUCGAGUAUGACGUCUUGACGCGACAUAUUUACUGGAUUGAUGGUCGUGGUCCGAUCAUCAGACGAGCUUUCGAUAAUGGUACGAACGCGAAAGUAUCGAUCAAUCCAACAUCCUCUCCGUUCGACAUGGCAAUCGAUCCGAUCGGUCGGCUGCUCUUUUGGAGCUGUUCACACACAAAUACCAUCAAUAUAACCACCUUGGAUGGCAAUAUCGCCAGCAUCGGUAAUGUGGAUAUUGGACGGACGGAGAAACCACGCAGCCUGGCACUUCACCCGAUGAAACGACUGCUGUUCUGGACGGAUGUUGGAUCGGCACAAUCAAUUACGCGUGCCAAGCUGGACGGUUCGCAGCGUGUCGAAUUGAUCACAAAGCUGGAAGGCAUACAGGCGUUGGCGCUUGAUCCACAGCUGAACCUGUUGUUUUACGCCCACGGCAAGCGCAUCGACACAAUGGACAUCAAUGGACAGGAUGUGAGAACGUUGGUUGCCGAGCACAUCAGCAUGGUAUCGUCGAUCGCGGCCCUCGAAGGAUUCAUCUACUGGCUCGAUGAGCGACCGGUGAUGGAGCGCAUUUCGGUGCAGGGCGACAAUCGGCGGGUAGAAAUCCACAAGAACCCACACAUGACGGAUAUUGUGGCAGUGUGGACACCGGACGAGCGAGUACUUCGCAAUCACACCUGCAACACGGCCCGUGCUGAGUGUAGUCACAUCUGCAUUGGCUCCCCUGAUGAUGCACCGAGCGAACACGUGUGCGCCUGCCCACAAGGUUUGAUGCUGUUGAAAGAUCGGCGAAGUUGCGGUGAGCAACCGAUCUGCGGACCGGAUCACUUUACCUGUGCCGCUCCGAGCGAGCUGGCCGAUCGGGAUGGUAAUAAGGAGUGUAUUCCCUCUUCCUGGCGGUGUGAUGGACAGAAGGAUUGUCCGGAUCGUUCGGAUGAGAUGGAUUGUCCGACAUGCCGCGGUGAUCAGUUUAAGUGCCAGUCGGGCGAAUGUAUUGACAAGCAUUUGGUGUGUGACGGAACAACGCAGUGUUUGGAUGGGUAUGAUGAGGCGGUUUGCUGUAAAAAUCCGGAAGAUUUCCAGUGUCCAACGAGCAAGGUGUGCAUCUCGUUUCACAACGUGUGCGAUGGGGAUGAGCACUGUGCGAAGGGUGAGGAUGAAGCGCCGGAGAUAUGUAACGAGUACGGUAAUCGACGGAUGGCACCGAGUUCUAGCAAGAUCACGCUGCUGAUCGUUGUGGUGACGGCGGUGGCGGUUGUAUUUCUUGUCGUGUACUUGCUGCAAACAUUCCGCACGCGCUUCGGUGCCGGUGGCAGUGGUCUCGAGCCAAAGGAAUGUGAUCAGGCUGCGGCUCCACUCUCGCCGGGUGGACUUAACAAGAAUAUACGCGUUUCGAAGCUAGCCUCGGUGGCGGAUGCGGUACGUAUGUCCACGCUGAAUAGUCGGGCGAGCGGUGGUAGCUAUGACCGGAAUCACAUCACCGGUGCCAGUAGUUCCACCACGAACGGUAGUAGCCUGAUCGGCUAUCCGCUAAAUCCACCACCAUCGCCAGCAACGACAGCCGGAUCGACCGGACGAUACUGCAACAGUAGUUAUCAUCCGUACAAGCAUUACAAGAUCAUCAAUCAGCCGCCUCCACCAACACCAUGCUCGACGGACGCCUGCGAUGAGAGUGAUUCGAACUACACUAGCAAAAGCAACCGUAGUCAGCGUUGUGGUGGAGGACAUGGUUCCGGUACUACAGGUGGUGGUACUAGCAGCUCAGUUGGUAGUGGUAGUGGACGCCACGGGCACGAUGGACGUGGAUCACUGCAGGGAAAGUACAAGGAACGUUGCUAUGAUCCGGAACCGUAUCCACCACCACCAACUCCCCGAUCACACUAUCACAGCGAUAUUGGUGGAAUGCUGCCCGAAAGCUGUCCACCGUCGCCGAGCUCGCGUAGUUCGACCUACUUCUCACCACUUCCUCCGCCACCUUCACCAGUACCCUCGCCUUCGAGAGGGUUCUCGUAGCAGUUAAAGAACGGAGACGACGAUAUCGAGGACGAAGAGGAGGAGGAG